UCGGGCAUUCUCCACAGUAAAAUAACUCAAUUUAUCACAUCGCACUUUAAAAAGAUCACACAUCGUACUGAAUUUGAUUGUUCACUUUCUUCAAAAAUUCCUAUUGCAAUUUCACACUGGAGCACUCUCCUGUUUAGCACCACCUGAAAGUGGUUCAGCCACAAUAAAACGGAUACUAAGAAAAAGGAAGAGCACCCUCCUAGAAAUAUCUCACGAGAACUGUUCCAAAAGUUGCUAUUUAUUUGGAUGAGAGGAGAGAGAGAGACACACGCACUAACGUUGAAUCAAUUGAUUGAACAUUGCAUGAGAAUCUCAUCAAUUUCCGGAUCUCAUCCAAAAAGGGGUUGAAUGUGGAAGAUUGCCGAAAGGAGCAUAUUCACAAAAUUGCCUGAGACACCCUCAAGCAAUUGUUCUUAUAGUGGAUUUAUCAGGUUUGACACACUCUACUUAAGGUGAAUAUAUGAGUGGGUGAAGGUAUAGUGAUUUAGGUGAAAAGUAUAUGGAUAUUGGUGAAUUUUGAAUAAAAAUAUUUCACAUAUUUCUGACAUUCACGUCGAAUGAAUGAUGGAUGGCAAGUGCGGAGAUGACAUACAUUUGAAAAAUCAACCGUACGAUAAAUAAAUCUUUUCCACAGUGACUUUGCCGGCUGGUACGUUUAUUUGAUCCUCCACCCAUCCAUUCAGCAGUUGUCGGUGUCAUAUCGAGUUAUCAAAAGUUUUUUUUUCACCAAGUGAACCAAAAGUGGUGAAUGAAUUUUCCAUAUCGGUGAGCUGUGACAAAAAAAAAGGUUUGCGUGUGUUUGUGGAUGAAAACAUCCUUUGAAAUUUUUGUGCCAAAAAAAAAAGAAAAGAAAUUGCACAGAGAGGCAAUUAAAAUUAUAUGUACCAGAAGCUCUGUUUUCCCCUUAGUGAUUUUGUGGUUGAUGAUUAAUAUGAACGCAUUUAAUGCGAUAGAGUAAUAUAUCAGUUCUUUGUGGACGUGUGACCAAAAAGGCAACAUCAUAAUUAAAACAUAAAUUAUCUGCACACUUCAAUAACAAUAGUAAUAUUAAUAAAAUAAUAGCACUGUAAUUGCGAGAGCAACAGCCAUACAAAUGUACUGACCUGCUCAAUAUGACAAAAGUAUCCGGUUGAAAUUAAUUGGAAAAUAGAAACACAUGCGUUCUAAUAUUGGAUAACACUCACCCUUCUGUUAUAGAAAAAGAAGCAUACAGCAUUACGAUACAGAACCAUCAAUACAUUCUACAUAGAUAUAAGAUAUCUCUGAAUGGAUUUUCGAUUUCAAUUGAAAAGAUAAAGGGAAAAUGAAUAAUAGACCACCUCCAGCGUUCGUUGGCUCACCACCAAGUCCACGGAGUCCAUCGCUGUGUUUUCCAUCACCAAAGCAGCAGAAGUCAAACGAAAAGUCAGGCCUCUGCGGCAGAUCCUCCAAGAGACGAUCGCCAAUGUUGGCGGCUAUCGGUGCUUUAAUUCUCGUCUUGGCGUAUACAACAUUUGGUUCAGUUUUAUUUGUAACAUUGGAAACAUAUGAUUCUGGAAAUUCAGAAGAAACAGCUGUUGCAGCAUCGAAACCAUAUCCUAGAACUGAUUUAGUGAAUUCAGAAAUUCGCUCCAGGACUGUGGAUCGAUUGUGGUCGAUUACGGAAGACUUAAACAUUUUGUAUAAAGAAAAUUGGACACGACUAGCUGCUCAAGAAGUUCAGCAUUUUCAGGAUACGUUGCUGAGAGCUGUACAAUCUUCAAAGUUGCAGCAGCCUGGACUACAGCCCGUAAUCAAAGCAUAUAGAUGGGAUUAUGCUUCCGGCUUCUUAUAUUCCCUGGCCUUAAUCACAACUGUUGGAUAUGGAGGUGUCUCACCACGUAGUCAAUGGGGCCGGAUAGCUGCCUUAAUUUACGCCCUGUUCGGCAUCCCACUAAUGCUACUCUACCUCUCAGCCAUGGGUGAGGGCCUAUCGAGUGUGAUGCGAUGUAUCUUCCGUCGAUUUCGCUCCCCAUCUACCUCAGCAAGUAGUUCGGGGACAAAUAGCGCUAGCAGCAGUACAAGUGGAACUGGUGGAAAGGGACUUCCGUCCCUAGAUACAGAAAAACGACCGCAUACAUUUCACAAUGGUAACACUUUCAAGAGUCACAAUCAUCACCACAGCACCUCACAUUCAUCACCAACAGUGCCAAUAUCAGUGUGCAUCAUGAUACUCAUUUGCUACAUCAGUCUGGGUGCUGUACUAUUCCAUAAGAUUCAGCAAUGGGGUGUCCUCGAGAGCCUCUACUUCUGCUUCGCGUCCCUCAGCACAAUUGGCUUUGGAGAUCUAUCUCCACAAAGCCACUUGGCGCAGUAUAUUGCGUCCGGGUAUAUUCUUGUGGGUAUGGCAGUGGUGGCCAUGUGCUUCAGUCUCAUCCAGAGUGAGCUGAUAGCAUGGUUGCGAAAAUUUGGUGUGCAGGAUCAACUGCCAUCGCCAAUUAAUGAAGAAGUGGCCCUUGUAACAGUGGCAAUGACCCCAAAAUCCUGACAACGACAACAUGAUCUACUAGCCAACAGCUAUAGCUCCCUUCCGAGGCGCUCAAGUAACUCCUUCCAGCGUAAUACACCUGCACGCCGAUCAACGGGUGUAAUGGAGAAUCACAUGGAAUACUUUGUGCCACGUAGCAUAAGUGAAUUUAAUUUAAGUGGAGUAGGUGACCUGGCUUUGCCUCCGCCCAAAAGAUCACCAGUGUCCCACCUACAACCCACUAAUACACUCUUGCCACCACCUCCUGCAAGUUUGCUGGUGAAACCGCGAGAGAAGAUGGUCACGUUUGAGGAUGAAUCCAAGUGUCCUCAUGGUGUUCCAACAACUCCACGAAAGGGUCCCAUUAUGGGUGAUGUGUUCAUGUGACGAGAGGGUGGAUGAGACGAACCGAUGCAGUAC